CUGCCUUUCAUUGCAAGUGUGCCAUCUCCUCUCCUCUGUUGUAUGAGCUGAUAAUGCACUAUCAGAGCUAGCAGGACUCUAUAUAGAGGGGCUCUCUCUUCCACCCUCACUAAGUCUGAAACGGUCUGCUCCUUCUGAAUCAUCAGACGGCUUUCAGCUUUGACGCUUCCCCUUGAUUCGCUGGCGUCAGAAGGAGCUCCCAGAGAUUUACUCUAGAAGGACUUUACCCUUCACCGGUAGGACUGCGCUGUCAAGAGGUCCCUGGUUGGUGCCCCAGAGCUGUAGUGAGGAAUGAAUGGUCCAGCAGAUCCCUCAAGCCUAUUCCUCAACUCCUCCCUGGCAACUUCAGAACAAUGUGGCAAAGAGACCCAUAUAGAGAACAUCCUUUUUGCCACUUUUUAUCUCCUGGAUUUCAUCCUGGCUUUUGUUGGCAAUACCCUGGCUCUUUGGCUCUUCAUCCGGGACCAAAAGUCAGGCACUCCAGCCAAUAUUUUCCUGAUGCAUCUUGCUGUGGCCGACCUGUUUUUUGUGCUGGUUCUACCCACCCGGCUGGUAUAUCACUUUUCUGGCAAUCACUGGCCAUUUGGCGAGAUCCCAUGCAGACUCAUUGGCUUCCUUUUUUAUCUCAACAUGUAUGCCAGUAUCUACUUCCUCAUGUGCAUCAGCGUUGACCGCUUCCUAGCCAUCGUGCACCCUGUGAAGUCCAUUAAACUCCGCAGGUCACUCUACGCCCACUCAGCAUGUGCCUUUCUUUGGGUUAUAGUUGCUGUCGCAAUGGCACCUCUGUUGGUCAGUGUGCAGACAGCUGAGAUUAACAACACAACUGUCUGCCUACAGCUCUACAGAGAGAAGGCAUCACGCCAUGCUCUCGUGUCCUUGGCAGUGGCAUUCACCUUUCCAUUUAUUACUACAGUGACCUGCUACUUAUUGAUUAUCCGUAGCCUGAGGAGUGGGAACAGAGUUGAGCAGCACCUGAAGGAAAAAGCCAUCAAGAUGAUCAUAGUUGUCCUAAUGAUCUUUCUGGUCUGCUUCGUACCCUAUCACAUCAAUCGCUACAUUUACAUUCUCCAUUAUGACGGCACCAAGACUUCCUGUGAAACCCAGCGAGUCCUGGCACUCAGUAACCGCAUCACUUCCUGCCUCACCAGCCUGAAUGGCGCCCUUGACCCAGUGAUGUAUUUCUUUGUUGCUGAGAAGUUCCGUGAGGCCUUGUGCAGCUUGUUUUGUGGCAAAAGAGCUGCAAUGAUGCCUCCAAGUUAUGAGGGGAAGACAAAUGAGAGCUCACUAAGUGCUAAAUCUGAACUGUGAGCAAGUGAUCAUAUUUGUUGUCACUUCCGGGCACAACACAGCCAAGAGACUCUCUAGAGAGUAAAGGCAAGUGACUCCAAGGACAGAGAUGUUAUCCCCAGAGUCAGUAUCAUUCUUGCAAUAUCAAGGAGGAGAGUUCAGUUAUUCUAUGCAGCUACAACCAGCAAGGGCUCAUCUCCGCCAGAAGACAGAUUGUAAUCUCUGUAAAUCACAAGACAUCUAACCAUGAAUGCAACAGCAGCAGCAUCUGUUGCCCAAUCCUGAAGCUGAGGCCUGAAUAUUUUGGGAUGGAGGAAGGAAACAAGAAUGUAAUCAAUCCAUGAUUUCUCCAUCUAAGAGUUUUAUACUCAAGUCUCGUUCAAGCAAAUGUUGGCCACCCUGAGAAACAGAACAACUGGAAUUCAAGGACUAAGAUUCAGUGGGUGAUUGCCCCCUGCCCAACAUGCACACCCUCCCCUGAAAUCCUAUGUUGUACCAGCCAGAGAGAUUCAGUCCUGGGAUAUCAGAGGAGAAUAGUAGUGUCUCUAGAUCUAUUGUGAAUAUUUGUAGAGAGUUGGGGGGAUAUGGUAUGCCUAUUGAACAGGGGAAAGGGGAAACCUGUGGCUGGAAUAAAUGGGAGACAUCCUGAUUCCCCAGGGACGUCAAGUUAUUGUCGCCACAGGCCUCUUGUCUAUGCCGAGGAUUUGGGCAUGAGCAGUAAACAUCAUGCUAAUAUUUCAAUCUGUCCUUGGGUUUGUGGUCUAAGGCCCCAGGAGCUGUCUUCAGUUACAGGCAGCAUCUUCUGAACGAGUCUUGGGGUGUAGUCCUGUUUGAAUUAUCAAUCACCUUAAUAAUCUCAGGCUAAAAUAAAAGGGAAUGGAAAGAAGUCUCAUGAAAAAAAUCAGUAAAGGGAAUAUCUUCCAUUGGUUUAUAAAUGCUGAACCCUAAAACUCUGAAUCCCUGUAAAAAAAUUAGCCAAGAAGAUGAAAAGUAGAUGUGCUGAAAGUGUGAAACCCAGCCUGCUUGGGGAAAGCCUUAAAGCUCUUUAGAGUGUUUUGUUUGGUCUGAAAAACAUUUCAUUUGCUACAUAUGAUCACUAACCUAGUUUAGCUUAACUACCCUCACUGAUAAAUGUUGCACCCAAUGGAACACAUCUGGGUAUUAAAACAAGCAGGGGAGAUAGGAGAAAUCCCAUGGUAUAAAAGGAGAAGAGCAGAAGAAUCCAUUAUGUCCACUAGGAACCUUGCUAAGCCAAUCAUAUUUGCCUCUGAAAUGCUUAGGUACGGCAGUGAUGAGCAUGAUAGAAAGCCAUAUGAUAGCUCAAUCUUAUUUACAUAUUCUACCCAUGCCACUGGGAAAGAGCUCUCGAUGUCUCCAAGAGUUUAGAUCCUGAAUUAUGAAAUCAAACAGCUUUUUAUCUUGGUUAAGUUUCUGGAAGCCUGACUGCUUUCCCAGCUGGUACCCAGCACUGCUCAAAGGCACUAGCCAAUCAGAGACACAAGCCAAGAAGCCAAAAGGAAAAUCCAUUAACUGUAAUUCUGGAAGCCUAGAGACUGGUGUUAUAUGGAAGAUUACUUGAACGGGAAGUAAUUAUGGAAGGUUCCCUGGUGGACAGGGUGAAGCAAAUAAUCCUCUUUCCUUUUCCCACGUUGAUCACUUCAGCGGGUAGAAACAUCAACUCAAUGACUCUCCCAACCCCUGCUGGACAGAGGUAUAACAGUCUGAAGUUAAUCCACUGUGCUUCAGAAUUCAAAGCUAUCUGCCAAACUGUCUGUCUCUCUUCUUACCGGGAUGUGCUUUUGUACAAGUUUCCUGUCCUGUUUGUAUUAUUUUUGCCAUUAAUUUUUUUAAAACAAAAAACUUUUUGGACUUGUUCAUACUUAUUAUACAUAUAUAAAAUAAAUAGUUUAAAAGGAUCAGUGAGAAGAUGGUCUUUAU